GAACUUGGGCCUUAGCCGCUGAUCUAAUUUUUUUUUUUUUGGCUCAUACACGGUGUUUUAUCUCCCAUUCUGAUUAUGCAUUCCGCCGAAAGACUAGAUUCCGGCCACCCACCGCCACCGUCACCCGGCCGGACUCUUCCAUUCAUCGGAAAACUCAAACCCUUUUAUCUUUUAUCAAUCUUGGUACUCAUAUUAGCAAUUUCAUUCAGUAUUAGCAAAACAAAUCAGUUCAAAAGACUCUUUUUUCUCAGAUCAAAUUUACUGAAUCCAACAGUUCAGAAGCAAAUUUCAAGAAACCCCAUUUACACAGCCCCUUAUUGUGUUCUAUGGAUGGCUCCAUUUCUUUCAGGAGGUGGGUACAGUUCAGAAGCUUGGUCAUAUAUUUUAGCUUUACAUAAUUACUCAAUGAAUAAAAAUCCAGUCUUUAAUUUGAAAAUUGAGCAACAUGGGGAUCUUGAAAAUGUUGAAUUUUGGGAGGGUUUACCUUUAGAUAUGAGGAAUUUGGCUGUUGAGCUUUACCAUAGAGAAUGUAAGUUGAAUGAGACUGUUGUUGUUUGUCAUAGUGAACCUGGUGCUUGGUAUCCUCCACUUUUUGAUACACUUCCAUGUCCACCUAUUAAUUAUGGUCAUUUUAAAGCUGUAGUUGGAAGGACUAUGUUUGAGACUGAUAGAGUUAAUGAUGAGCAUGUUAAAAGGUGUAAUCUUUUGGAUUUUGUUUGGGUUCCUACUGAUUUUCAUGUGAAAACUUUUACUGAAAGUGGGGUUGAUCCAUUGAAAGUUGUCAAGAUUGUUCAGCCUGUUGAUCUUGAAUUUUUUGAUCCAGUCAAGUAUGAGGGAUUGGAUUUAGGGUCAUUAGGGAAUUUAGUGAUGGGGUCAUUUUCAAAUGGAGAAAAGUUUGUAUUCUUGAGUAUUUUCAAGUGGGAAUAUAGGAAAGGAUGGGAUGUUUUGUUGAGGUCUUACUUGAAGGAGUUUACGAAAGGUGAUGAUGUUGUUUUGUAUCUGUUAACGAAUCCGUAUCAUUCUGAUAAGGAUUUUGGUAACAAGAUUGUUGAAUAUGUGGAGAAUUCGGAUUUGGAAGAACCGAAAGAUGGUUGGGCUAGAGUAUAUGUAAUCGACGAACACAUAGCUCAGGUUGAUAUGCCUAGGCUAUACAAGGCUGCUAAUGCAUUUGUUUUGCCAUCUAGAGGUGAAGGCUGGGGUAGGCCUAUUGUCGAGGCAAUGGCAAUGACUCUGCCAGUGAUUGCUACGAAUUGGUCAGGACCAACUGAAUUCAUGACAGAAGAUAAUAGCUACCCAUUGCCUGUCGAUAGGAUGAGUGAAGUCACAGAAGGUCCAUUUAAGGGACAUUUAUGGGCUGAACCUUCGGUUAAUAAGCUGCAAACGCUACUGAGGCAUGUAAUGAGAAAUCAGGAGGAAGCUAAGGCCAGAGGUAAGCAGGCAAGGGAUGAUAUGAUGAGUAGGUUUUCUCCUGAGGUUGUUGCUGGCAUUGUUAGUGAUCAUAUUGAACGCAUUAUUUAUCAUACACAGUGAUUGUUAUGUUCUCUUUAGGAUCGAGAAGAGUAGAUUGUACAUUUUACUGCAGCAGUAGCAGUUUCUUAGUCACUGUUUCUUCAAGGAUUAUUAACUCUGCUAGACUUUAUCUCGGUAUUCCUAUGCGUAAAUUGAAGAACGACUUUCUUAGUAGAGCUAGACGACAAAGUUCUAGAAGCUGAUGAAAUUAUCUUGAGAAUCAACUAAUUGGAUAGCCUUAAACACUCUUAAGUGUUCUUAAAUGGAGUUGCAGUUAGAUAAGUAUAAAAAUUCCACUGCUAAAACCAGAACUGUGUUGGUAAUCCAGUUAUGUUCAUGUGAUGAAUAUCAACAACAAAAGUCUAUUUUAAAGCUUAGAGUUGUAUGAAUUGUUAUGCUGUAGAUUGUUAGUUUGGACUUUCGAGCAGUAUUAUAGGAAAGAUAUGUCACCAAUGGACCGUGAGUAUCAACAACGGAAGGAGGUAGCAGCAUUAUGUGCAAACUUAGUCACAUCCAACACUGAUGGACCACAAGUAUCAACUACAGAAAGAGAGCUUCCCUGUCUGGGAGAUUUCACCACUUCAACUUGGAUGGAAAAUACUGCAAUCAAAAUGUAUUUUGCAGUUCAGUAAAGCAAAAUGAAAUGAUUGUACGGAACCAACAUGAUCGGUGAGGAUUCAUAUAGCUGAUUCCAACUUACUUCGGAUAGAGGUGUUAUAAUAUGAAACUAUUUUCUCUUUACUCAACUAAUCAUAUUUGCUGUCAAUUUACACAAAGUUCAGUCAAACCACAUUCUCAACAGUUAAUUCUGAAAUGGUCAUCAAGAGAAGCAAGUAAAAGGGCAGCUCGGUGUACUAAGCAACAAGCCACAGCGCUAAAGAGUGAGAUGUAGGCUGUCUACCCCUGUGACCUAUAGAUCACACGGAGACAACUUUACCGUUGCUUCAAGGCAACCCUUCAAGUCAGAAGCAAACUGAAGUACAAAUUAUGUAAGUGGAAAAAAAAAACCUUACCUGAAGAUUUGAAGCCAUUUCAAGUUUUCAUGAUCCUCCUCAUUCAUCAAGUGAGAAUAUGCCCCUGACUUAUGCAGAGCUACAUAACAAUAGUUCAAGAUUAGCAAUGAAGUUUAACCAUUAUAUCCGUCAAGUCGUAGGGGUAAGGUUUGCAUACAUCAUUACAAUAGGUACGUUGUUGAAAACAAAAAAAACGAGUUAAUUAUGUAUUGCUUACGAUAGAAGGAAUGAUAUCGGAUGAUGAACAAUGCAGCAGA